CAAAAAUCAUUAUUCAUUUAUUAUUUGAAAUUUGGACUCAGAAAGAAAUUUAUUAGAGAAGAAAUAUCUCUAAUUCAACACAAAACCUCUUCACAAAUUUAGAAUAUGUUUUGAGACAAAUUUUUAAACGAAUUGAAAUAACUCGUACAACUUAAAAAAAUGUUCAAAAAAUACGUGAUUUUUAUAUUAAUUAUUAUAAAUAGUUUUUAUAAAUUUAAUUGUAGUGUUACUUCAAAGGAUACGAUUUUUACAACAAUUAUUUUUAGACAUGGAGAUCGUACACCAAUUUUACAAUAUCCAACAGACCCAAAUGCAAAUUAUUCAUUAUGGACCUCACUUGGCCCGGGUCAGUUGACUAAUAGAGGAAAAUCCCAACAUUUUGCUUUAGGACAAUGGCUUCGAGAACGUUACGCACGUUUAUUAUCCCAGCAUUAUCGAUUUGAUGAGGUCUAUAUUCAUUCCACAGAUGUCGAUCGAACUAUCAUGAGUGCUUUAAGUAAUUUAGCCGGUUUAUUUCCACCCUCAGCGGACGAUGUUUGGAGUGGAGUUCAUGAUUGGCAGCCAAUUCCAGUACAUACCAUUCCAGAUUAUGCCGAUAAUAUUUUAGCUGGCUCAAAAAAAUGUCCAAAAUAUGAGUAUGAAUUCAAUAAAACAAUGGAAUCGCCAAUAUUUCGAAAAAUUAACGAAAAAAAUCAACAAUUAUAUGCGUAUAUUACGGAACAUGCCGAAAAAAAUAUCAAUAGUUUAGUGGACUUAUCAUAUUUUUAUGAUACAUUGUUUAUAAACGAUCUGUACAACUUAACAUUACCAAAUUGGACACAGCCAAUUUAUCCAAAUCCAUUAAAACAAUGGUCCAGUAUUUCAUUUGAAGUUCAAUGUUUUACAAAAACUUUACAAAGACUGAAAAUAGGAUUACUGUUUAAUGAAAUGAUUGAACGAAUGUUCUCAAAAAUCCACAAUAGUUUAAAUCCAAAUCGUAACAUGUGGAUAUAUUCAGCGCACGAUACAACAAUUUCAAACGUUUUAAUGGGACUCAACCUUUACAAUUUUAUAAGUCCACCAUAUGCGAGCGCUUUAAUGUUUGAAUUACAAAAGCGCAACGAUUCUUUUGGAAUUUCUAUAUAUUUUAAAAAUGAGACGCUCAACGAUCAGCCAUAUUUACUAAAGUUACCAAACUGUGAUGAAUUUUGUGAAAUUAAUGAAUUCCAGAGAAUUUUAAAACCAAUUUUAUUGACACCCGCACAAUGGGAGGAAGAAUGUCAAUUGGGAAUUUUAAAUAAUUUUAAUGACAUGGACUCAACAUCAGUUUUAGUGAUUAUGUCUGGGAUUAUAGUAAUUAUUUUAUUAAUAGCAAGUGUAGCAAUUGCGCUUGCGUACAUGAAUAAAAAUGAAUAUACGACCAAUAAAUUUUAUUUUCGAUUGGAUGGCAACGAGAAUUAACAAAAUUUAGAAGAUUGGCAACAUGAUUUUUUAUUUCAAGCAUUUUUUAAUUGUUUCAAGCAUUUUGGUUUUUUUAUUUUUUUAAUUUUUUUUUAGGAAUGUUAAAAUUAAGGAAUAGUACUACAGAUGGGUCAUUUUUUACCCCCCAAAACCCGUGCGUAUGGGCCUGCUGGGAACUCAUUAAUGCUCCAAAUUACAUGCUUUUAAUAUCAAUAGCACAAUGGUUUAAAAUAUUUCUCCUAUCUGCAGUACUAUAUUGAGUGUUCCAAGAAAAUGUAUACAAACUUGUCUCGAGUCAUGAGUACAGUGUCAUACAUUUGUUUGGGACAUUUUGCAUAUUUAAGUUUAGAUCUCAAUG